AUGCCCUCACGUUCUUCAUGGCCAUUGCCUCUGAAUAUAGCUGCUGGAAUUUCCCUUGAAUCUCGGGAAACCUUAACGGGACAUCGGACACAGCAAUCUCGGUUCUCCUCUAUCAACCAUCAGCCUUCGCCAGCACCUGUAAUGGCAGACUGGAACCUAGCACAACAGCAUGAGCAACAUCGGCAACAACAUCAGCAACAGAUUCCUCCAUUACCUGCCUACCUCCCCAAUCAGUCACUCAUCGACACGCAGUACGGAAACUUUGCAGCCAACUAUAAUCAUCCGCAACUCGAAUAUAUGGACUUAGCUUCAAAUCAAGCCCCUUUUGAAUCUAAUCUUACAAUGGAUGCACCAUAUGCCGCAGUUACGUCCAAUAUUCACUCGCCAGCGCUUUGGGCCAACUGGGAGGAUUUCCAGAAUCAGUUAGCUUUUAAUGGAAAUGAUAGUCUACCUAGUGUUGGGAGACAGAGUCUCGGCAGUAACUCACCAACUGGCACAUACUUGGAAAUUAUCUCACUACCUAGCUCUGGGAGCGACAAUGGCUGGGCCACUGUGGAAAGCUAUCCUAAUAUCGAUACUUUUCAUCACAAUACAGCUGUCUUUAAUCCGGGUCAGACACUGCAUCUCCGGACAAACUCAGAAUCAUCUACCUCAGAUGGUACGGCACAAAAUUUAGAAUCCUGUAUAGGCAGCAGCUUUGAAGAUAUUUCAUCCUAUUCAUACUCGCCCUAUUCCCCCGCAUCCGACUACUGUACUAAGUUCGAAUCUCAUAAUUGCGUUUACAGUGAUUCUCACUCAAAUCCUUCUCACUCGCCUCCUCAGCCUAUAGUGACUAAUGAAAUGCCUAUCGCCACCCCAUCUAAGUCUACGGCAUCAUCCCUGGGUCGGACAAGCCCUACCAUCCCAUCAUCAACUCUUAUAGCCCGUCGGAACUCUGCUCCACGGAAAAGCCCCUCAUCAAAAACUCCAAAACCUAUAUUACGGCGUGCAUCAACGGGUAAAAAGGAUACUGAAAAGAGGGUUGGGCGAAGAAGAGGCCCACUAUUGCCCGAACAACGUAAACAAGCUAGUGAAAUAAGGAAGCUCCGUGCUUGCCUACGUUGCAAGUUUUUAAAGAAAACCUGUGACAAAGGUGAGCCCUGUGCCGGUUGUAAGCCUUCUCACGCUCGGCUAUGGCAAGUCCCAUGUACACGUAUUGAUAUUAAGGAUAUCGCAUACUUCAUGAAAGACUGGCGAGCUGACCAUGAACGUCUUGUUGGCUCCGGUGUCUCGGUAUAUAAUAUUAAAGGAUUUGCUCAGACAGAGCAGCUUAUUUGGAUAACUCACGGGUACGGAUUUGCAAUCCCAAUCAUGGCCCGAGAAGUUUUUGUGUCAGAUGAUAGUUGUUUUACAGUAGAAUGGAUUGAAAGCUUUCACAAACAGAACCUUGAAUUUGGGGCGCGCACGGAACGGAUGUCUGCCGGAUCUGAAGGAAUCUCAACAGAAGCACUAUCAGAGUACCUGGAUAAGCAUCUUGACGGACCAUUUGAGAAAUUCCUUGACGAAUAUUUUGAGGGAACGCCUUUCAUUACCGAUGUACUCAAAACAGCCCAUCGAUAUUACGUUAAAGAACAAGUGCCUGUAAUUCGAAAGGCCUUGAAGCUAGUGCUUGCUUAUAAUCUUACUCUUCACGUUACUAUGGUUGAACAACGUGGUAUCAACCACCACAUGGAAGGGCUAAUUGACAAUGUUUACUCGAAGUUCAAUGGUAAAAUUAUAGCGCCAGUGAUGAUUAACUUCCAGGUGAAGUGCGCUCUAGCCGACAUGUGGCGCGACCUGCAAAAGGAAAUUCUGGUGGAGUUAUCGUCCCUAUAUUCUAGUGUAUACAGUGGUGAUCGAUUGAAAAACUGGCCGACAAUAUUUAUGCUUGCGUCUAUACUUUUGGCGGUGUGGGAAGAGAUGCAAUUUGACUCACACUUCCGUGUGCCUGACCAAACAGCCGCGGAGAAGUUCUGCAACGACAUGGAAACGACGCCCCUACCAUCAUUUACAGAAUGGGAUACCCGACGUCACGGACAACUUUUGAAUAACAAUCUGGCUGUAUGUGAAGCCAUGACAGAAAUGAAAGAUCACGUGACCAAACACGAGACCUAUCUACGCACUAGACCAGAAGCGCGGUUUAACAGCUGUGAUUUCGAUUCUCUGUCAAAUAAAUUUUUGAGCAAGCUAGUCAUCCGAGCCAGCUAG